AUGUAUGCAGAUGACACUCAUUUGACUUACGCAAGUAACGAUAUUGAUGACAUUGAUCAUCACUUCAACGAAGAUCUUGCUAAAGUCAGUGAGUGGUUAGUAGCCAACAAACUUACUUUAAACCAAUCUAAAACAGAAUUUAUGCUAAUCGGCUCCCGUUAAAGGAUUAGUACUUUCAACUCUAGUCCUUCACUGACAAUAAAUGACGUACCAAUUAAACAAGUCUCUCACACAAAGUCACUUGGUGUACAUUUAGACGAGAACUUGACUUGGAAUGUUCAUAUCAAGAAAUUAUGCAAAAAAGUCGCUUCUGGCAUAGGUGCAUUAAAGCGUAUAAGGCCAUUCGUCCCACCUUCCACAACGCAACUUAUUUACAAUUGCUUAGUUCAACCCUAUUUCGAUUACUGUUGCGUUGUCUGGGAUAGUUGCGGCAGUACUCUUGCGAAUAAACUGCAAAAACUCCAAAAUCGAGCCGCUAGAGUACUUACUUCAUCUAGUUAUGAUACAAAUGCUGAAUAUCUAAUUGAAAAAUUGAGCUGGAAAAACCUUGAAUCUCAGCGAAAAAUUGCCAAAGCUAUAAUGGUCUAUAAAUCUCUUAAUGGUUUUGUGCCAGACUACCUGUCUGAAAUGUUUGUUGAUCGAAGUAUAUGGGCGGCCGUUACCACCAAAAAUAAUGUAAUCGUGAAACGGCAUAUGUAAUCGUGAAACGACAUAUGUAAACUUAAAACGACAUAUGUAAACUUGAAAUGGAAUGUGUAAAAGUCAAACCGUAUGUCCUCGCGUGUCUAAAUGGUAUAUGUUAAAGACAAAUGGUAUAACAAAACGCGCAAUCGCAUAUGUCUUUGUUGAAUGAAAUAGCAUGUUUUGUCAAAUGGCAUGUUUUGUCAAAUGGCAUGUUUUGUCAAAUGGCAUGUUUUGUCAAAUGGCAUGUUUUGUCAAAUGGCAUGUUUUGUCAAAUGGCAUGUUUUGUCAAAUAGCAUGUUUUGUCAAAUGGCAUGUUUUGUCAAAUGGCAUGUUUUGUCAAAUAGCAUGUUUUGUCAAAUGGCAUGUUUUGUCAAAUAGCAUGUUUUGUCAAAUGGCAUGUUUUGUCAAAUAGCAUGUUUUGUCAAAUGGCAUGUUUUGUCAAAUGGCAUGUUUUGUCAAAUGGCAUGUUUUGUCAAAUAGCAUGUUUUGUCAAAUGGCAUGUUUUGUCAAAUAGCAUGUUUUGUCAAAUGGCAUGUUUUGUCAAAUAGCAUGUUUUGUCAAAUGGCAUGUUUUGUCAAAUGGCAUGUUUUGUCAAAUAGCAUGUUUUGUCAAAUAGCAUGUUUUGCCAAAUGGCAUGUUUUGUCAAAUGGCAUGUUUUGUCAAAUGGCAUGUUUUGUCAAAUGGCAUGUUUUGUCAAAUGGCAUGUUUUGUCAAAUAGCUUAACGCACGUGGUCACGUAUUUCAUAAAUAGAACAUGACGUUUCCAGUGCAAAAAAGCGGGAAUUUUUGCAACAACAAAGCAACGUAUUCACAUCCAAGUUAUUAGAAGAAAAGUACGUAUAUUUUCGUUAUUUUUACAUAUUAAUGCCUAAGAUUUAUUAUCAUGGUAAUGAUUUAGUUCACAACUAGUUUUGAUUGUAAUUUCGUUGAGUUAUAUUGUCCAUCAGUAAGUAAUUUAUGUAUAAAGUGCACGCUCGACUGAUCGAGCUUUUACCACUCCACAGAGUUUAGUAUAUAAAAUUAUUGAAUAAAUUUUAAAUAUCAUCGAUAUUUUGAACAUACUAGUAUGUAGUUCACGCAGAAUGCUUGACAUUAUGUAAAUAAUAAGAGCAGCACUUUACCCGUAGGCGAAACGUUUUUAAAAUAUUUAUUCGCCACGCCACACGGUACAAUUUACGGUUACGGGGAAACGCGGAUUGCGGAUUGCGGACCGGGUUAUUUUUAGUAAGAUAUGCAAAAGCCUUAAUACAAAUAGCAUAUAGUAAAAAGGUAUGUCACUGCAUGAAGGUAUUUUUAAUAGUCAAAUUAUUUUUUUAGAAUUGCAAUCAAGUUUUCUUGUAAAGUAUACAUAAUGGUAAGUUAAUAUUAAUCAUAUCAUCACCUUCCAUGGGAAGCCUAAGGUUGAUUGAUGUGCAGGAAAUCCAUCUAAUAUUUAAAAUUUUGUUACAGAGCAAUAACAACAACACCACCACCAACAACAACAACCAUGUGAAUAGUGUGCUUAGGCAAUUGAUUGGUCAACUCAAUACUCACCUGUCAACUUUGAAUCAACCCUCAACCCCAAAUCAGCCCUCAACCUAUGAUCAACCGACAACUCCCAAUCACCCUUUCUUCUCUAAUCACCAUUCCACCUCUAAUCACCCUUCCACUUCUAUUCACCCUUCCACUUCUAAUCACCCAUCCACUUCUAAUCACCCAUCCACUCCUAAUCAUCCAUCCACUUCUAAUCAUACUUCCACUUCUAAUCAUCCUUCUGCUUCUAACCAUCCUUCUACUUCUGAUCACCCUUCCACUUCUAAUCAUAUGUCUACUUCUAAUCACUCUUCUAUGUCAAGGCAGCCUUUAAUAUAUCAUCACCUUCCAUCAGGAAGGCAGCUUAGUUCAAACACAAUGCCUGCUGUUGCUGAACAUAGAAGAUUGUUUACAAGGCAGUCUGUAAGUGUUUUUUGUAUGUCUAAGACAUUGUAAAAUUUAUAUAAUAAAUUAUUUAUUUUGCAAAGUAACCAUUUAGGUUUAACAUAGGCAUAUUGUGAAUUGUAUUAGAUUUAACACAGGCAGUUUCAUUUUUAAUAGAGACUUCAACCCUACAGAUCAUCAAAUGGAAGAAGGGCAGCAAAGGGUGGGUUAUGUCUCCCUAUGCCUUUUUCUACACAGGGGAGUCGAAUGUCUUAGUUGCUAAAUUAAUACUUAUGCCUAUAUCGAAUGUUUCAAAUGAAAAAAUGUAGCGCUUAAUCAGAGUUAGAUUCAGGGUUUGAUUUACAGUUAGAUUUAGGUUGGAUUCGGGUGGGGAUUGGGAUUACAUUUGUGUAUUCUGAACAAGCAAUUGUUACAGAAAUCACACGUUUGUGUUGAAAAUGAAAAUUUGAGGCAAUAUUAUGAAAAUUUAUCUUUUAAUACUGGGCGGCAUUGACUAAACAAACAUAUGUCGUCCAAUCCAAGAAGCGUGUGCUUCAGACGCCUGCUUUAGGUUAGCAUUGAAAAUGUGACCAUGUAAAGAGCAUUAAACCUUUUAAUAUUAAUUCUUUUCCUAAUAUUUAUUUUUUGGUACAACCACAUACACAAGCGGUGCAGUUAAGUAAUCUAUAUCUGAUAUGAAGCCUUUGAUGCGGACGUGAUUUUUAUUUUUGAAGUAAUUCAUUAAUUCAAGUCAAACAUCUUUUGAUAUAGAAAGAUCUGUUACAAAAACAUUAUUCUGCUUGGCAGAAAAACAUAGUGAGUCGACACCAUCCACGAGGGAAAAGUUAACCCUUCUCCGAAAUGGCCUGGGAGAAAAACGGGUAGCAUUUCCUGCGGCUGCUUCAAGUGCAGUUGUUAAGGAAAGAGUUUACAAGUAGGUUAUCUUCUUAUUAAAUUUACAAGGGCAAUAGUGGAAUGAAAAAUUGACAAUGAUUAAAAAUUAAGCUAUUGUAGAUAUAGCCAUAGUCUCGUAUUGCCAGUGGCGUAACUAGAACGUUAAUUGGGGGGUAUAUUCAUAUAUUCGUGUUCUGCCAGACGGAUUUCUUUUGAAAUGAAAUUAAAAACAACUGAUUUCAAAAGAAAUCCGUCGGGCAGAACACAAAUAUAUUAAUAUACCCCCCCCCCCGAAUUAACGCUGCAUGGCGUAAAGACUGUUUCAGUUACUGUCGGUUCCAGUUACUGUCCAUAAAUGUGAAAAGGAUCGUUUUGUUAGUUUACUCAAAAAACCUAACCCCACAUAAUCUCCAGCAUGUCCGUCAAAAACGCCGAAAAAAGACCAAUUAUCGAACCCGUUCGGCAAUCCUAUUCUCGCAGUAUCGGCGUCCUCCAUCUCAAAAAAAAAGUAUUAAAACUAUUUCGUAGUAUAUGUACUAUUUGUACGGAAUAUUAUACUAAUGUUGAUAUUUUACAAAAAAAAAGCGAUUACAUCUAUAUUACACAUGUAUGCAUUGCAUAAUCGAGUAUUUAUAUUAAAAGUCGCAAUAAUAAUAUAUUGGAGGAAUAAUAUACGUUUGCUACAAGUCACAUUCUGUAUAUUUGUAUUAUUCCAGGGCUUACCCGAUGUUAAAACAUGCUGGGGGCUUCCAGUUUCUCCUCUCAAAAGAAGGUUCGAGAAAACAACUCCAAGUUAUGUCUUAUGGCAGUUGUGAUGCAGAGCAGCUAAGAUGCUUUGGGACAGGAAGGGUAUAUGUUCGCCCUUUGCAAAAAAGUAUUCCACUUACAGACGAUAACAACUCGUGUGUCGAAUACGAAGAAUGCUUGUUUUGUAAUCUUUCUGUUUCUGUUAAAGAUAUGCAAAAGCAUUGUGAAGAUUGUCAU